CCGCCAGACAAGAACGAUAGAAAAUGGCGAGUCAGUGUAAAAGGCAGCAAUGCACAAUCGACAGGCGCGGCUUUCGGCAGGAACUUGACUCUUGGAAACACAAACUCAUUCACUGUGUAGGUUUCGAGAGCAUUCUCGAAGGGCUCUUUGCUCCAGAGCUGGUAGAAGACCUAAAAUUAUUUAAGGACUUUGAGCCUACAGCAGUGUCUGACUGGUCAUUUGAUGAAAAUUGUUUAUUCUGCUGUUUAAGACGAGACAAUGUAAAGGAACAAUUAAUUGGCCUAACCAACGAGGGGCUUGAAGAUACACCCAAACCUCUCCUGGUUAAAGAUCGGACCACAAUCAGCAGACUAGAGAAACAAGCCGAGGAAUUUCUCCAUGCAGUCCUUGGCAGAAAAGAUGUGCCAAAUUUCUCGGACCCAAACAUUCCAGUAGUCGCUCGAGAGAUCCUUCAGAGAAUGAUGCGACAGUUUGCUGCCGAAUAUACCUCAAAAAACCUCUCCCCUCAGGACAGUGGCUCUGAUUCCCAGCCUUGCUCCGACCAAAGCCUGCUGACCCCACCCUUGCCCCCAGGGGCUUCUCCUUCUACCAGCCCUGCUGCCACCCUGGCUGGGCCUGCACACAACCAGAACCCUGUCCUCAGCAAGCUCCUAAUGGCUGACCAGGAUGCUCCUCUUGACCUCACUAUCAAGAGGCCCCUGGCUUUGCCUAGUGAACAAGAUGGAGUUCUUGACUUGUCUAUCAAAAAGAACCGCUAUAGCAGCAGCAGCAGCAGCAGCCUGCCUGACCGUAGUCCCUGCCUUUCUCCAGCAACAUCCACGCUCAAAGGGCCAUCCUUGAGAGCAGACGGGCAAGUCGGGCUGUUUAUGAGGAGCCUACAGGAUGGGAGGAGGAGGGAGAAUAUCGGCCACUCCAACCGUUAUAAGCCUUCCUCGUCUCUUGCAUACUCGCUGCACAUCAAAGAGGAGCCUGAUCUGGAGAGCGACCCAGAGUCACCUCUCAGCCACAGCUCCAGACCUACUGAUCUUUUCAAAAAUGGAUCUGCUUCCUGGAAUUCUAAAAGUCAUUUUGGGGCUCUCCUCAAACUCAAAACCAACGGCGAGGCUAGUGAGCACCUUAAAGACAUACCCAGGUUGUUGGAAGCUGCUGGGCUUUGGACAAAGUCACUUGCCUAUGAGAAAAGAAACCUACAGGAGGCCUGUAGGGACCACAGCCUCUCUCUUUCUCAUUCAUCACCUUUUGACCUCAAGAUUCCCCAAGUGCGGGUUUUGGCAACAGCCACAGACCCGUCUUGGGAUUCCCUGUCCACAGAGUAUUCAGGAUCAACUUGUGAGAACGGUUUGGGCAAGGCACUGCGUUCCAUUCUGCCCAGGCAGAUCCAGAAAAAGAUCAGUGGAGGUUUUAGUAGCUCAGGUUCAGAGAAGGAAUACUGGCCUUACGACACUGACCGCAAAGCCUUGCAGGGAAGCUAUCCUCUGGAUUCAGAGUCAGACCUAGGUAACAAGCAGCCAAGGAAGAAACGUGGGCGAUACCGACAGUACAACACUGAUCUGCUCGAAGAGGCUAUUGAUGUGGUGAUGGGUGGGAAAAUGAGUGUGUCCAAAGCCCAAACGAUCUAUGGCAUUCCACACAGCACCCUGGAAUACAAAGUUAAAGAGCGACUGGGGACCUUGAAACAUCCACCCAAAAAGAAACUGAAGCUGAUAAAGAUAGAGGAACAGGGUGUUUCACGGUCCCCAGAGAGGAAAGAACUCCAAAUCUCCCAGCACAUUGUUUCUGAGAACAGAGAGUGUGCAUCUGAGGAGAACGGAAAUGAUUUCCAUGAUGGAAGCCUCUCAUCAAAUGAGUGAUGUAACCACAAUGUACUAAUAAUGAUGUUCUUUUUAACCAGACAGAUGUUGCAUUUGCCAGACAGUGGUAGUAGCUGACUUGUUUUUCCAUCAAACCUUAAUAGCAGUGUGUAACCCUUUUUUAAAUUGAAAUGCCCAUAUUUAUUAUUAACAUAUUUGAUAUUGCCCUUCACUAUUGGUCAGUAAUAUAUGUUUUGCCAUCUAUUUUAAACACUCAAAGUGUGUCCUUGACCUACAUUUUGUGCCUGGAAGGCAUACCUACUAUUUAAGAAUUAUAAUAUACUACAGUACGUUGUUUAUUAAUUCCAGUUUAUUUAUUGAGGUUAGGUUUUGAAAAUAAUUAUUCCUGGCUUCCUAUAAAUGUAUUCUCUGCACGCAGAGCCAAAUUGAAUCAUGUCUAAGGAAGUGGCGCCCCUUAGUGUCUUCUCCCAGUACUGUUCUGAGCACGUGUGUGUGUGUGUGUGUGUGUGUGUGUGUGUAAUUUUUAGAGUUUAUUAUACUGUGUAUGUAGGCCAUUAUGGAUGACAGGGAAGGUCUCUGUCACUGUUUUGCAAAUGCACUUCUGUGACUGAAAUUGACACUGGAGAUGUAAGAAAAAAUGUCCAAACACUAUUAUAUUCAGAGUAUGUAUUAAUUCCAAACACUAUAUCCAACAUAUUUAUUUAUUGGAAUAGCAUGGUGUGUUUUCCAGAAUUUCACUUUUUAAUCGAAAUUAAGUUUAUCUUCACAAGCAUGACACAUGUUUCCCACCUAUUUUUCUUCUGUAUGUUUUGCUGUCCUUUUAUGAAUGGUAUUAUUUAUUUCAUUGCCUUCACUGCACUCAGGAUGAAUUCAGAUUUGGAUGCAAUACUUGUCAGUUAAAGAAAAUAUAUCUUAUCAGAUCACUGUACACACAUAAAUAUACCUCAGCUAGAUAUAUGCUUAACUAAACCAUUGCCUCAUCUAAGUCACCUAACGGGGAAGGAUAACAUGCCCAAAUUCCCCCUUUUUUGAGGUAACAUUUCAGGAUGUCUUACUGACAAGUAUGUGCGUCCUACGCUCAGAUGACUUCACAACCUACCUUAACUAGUUAUCAGUAGCAUUUCAGUGCCAGUGUAAGCCUUCAGAGCAUUUCAGUUCUUUGUGAUUCAGGGCGCAUGUUUUUCAGAUUUCAGGUAUUAUCUCUGGGAACGUCUCUCUCUAAGACAUGAGAAGGGCACACUUUUUCUUUUUCUAUUCACGAUGUAUGAACAAAUUCUACAUAUACUGUACAUGCAUACACGUUGCUUGCUCAUGGCACAUGAUAAAGAAUCGUCUUUAGGUUUAUUAACAACUCUCCCCUGGUUUGCCAGGAUGAUACUUCGUUAUCGAGACCUAAUUAUUCAGUCACAAAUGGUGCACUAGCUGAACACUUGGUAUCAGAUAACUCCUAACUCUAAAUAAUACGUUUAGGUAUAUUUUAAAAUGUAUCCUUCAAGUAAACGAGCAAAUAAGAGCAGUCCUGCCUUCAUGCGAGUCAAAAUAAAACCUAGGAGCAGUAUUGUCAUUGUUAGAUGCUCUUAGCCAUUAUAUAAAGUCAUUAUUUUAUUAAAAAACAGAACUUUUAUUACUCAAAAUUAGCAGAUAGUCUAAUGUACUGGCUAACUAUGCUAGCUUGCUAACAUGUGCUAGCUAACCAAGUUAGCAAAUGUGUUAGCUACUGUCAUGCCUCAAUCCACACCCACCACAAAAAUUCAAUGAAAAUAAAUGUAUGGAGAAGAAAAGUGAUAAUGCAUCUCCUGGCUGUCGUGUUCAUAACCUACUUGAAUUAUUUAUACUAUAACAUUUAUUCUCAGGCGCCUUUCCAAUUAGGAGUCUGCUUAGAUUUGAUUAACCUUCAUUGGGUCUCAUUACCAGUUACAGACAAGCCCAGAAUUUAGUUUUACAUUUUUCUAACUGUCGAUCAUAAUUUGCAGGGCAUUGCUGCAUCCAGCACUAUGCCUCAUUGAUUAUGGAUGCAUCUUGAAGCCAACCACGUAAGAGUGUGUGUUUAACACUUCUCUUUCCACAAGCAUAUUUCUGAGUUUUAUCAUGCUGGUACUAAAUGUAAACCUUUAAUAUAUGCCAUUUUCAUUGAAUUUUUGCCUGGUAUUUUGCUCUAUCAGGACACCUCAUUGUGCAUUAUCACUAAUACCUCAGGACAUUCCAGAAGAUGGGAUCACGGCCCAUUAUUCUUUUAUCAGGUUGAUGCACAGCUUGAGCAAAUCUUGGUUAAUAUUUUUAUCUGCAGGAUUUUAGAUGUACAUGAUGUUGCUUGGACGAAUGUGGAUAUUUUGAUAAAAGAAAAGAUUCCUUCACUACAAGCAUUUAACUUCUAUUAUAUUUGCAGGCAUAUAUUACAUAAAAUUGCCUAGAUUGUAAACCUAUUUAGGUGAGAGUUGGUUCAGCAGUAACGUCGUUCAGGGACUUGCACACUUGUAUGUUAAUAACACUGUAACAAUAAUAUACCUUUUGUUAGAUGGUAAACUUACUGACUAACUUGUUGGGCUUCUCUUAUUCUAUUUUUCUUUGUAUUCCUUCGCGACUUGCUCUAAAUGCAGGUAUUCUUUAUACCUGGUAUUUUCUCUUUUUUGGUUUUCAUUUUCUCUUUCUUUUUAAGGUAAAACUAAUUAAUUAACUCAUCAACAUUGCAUAUCAUUUUUAUACAUACUCACAAAAUGUCUAAAUACCUUUUUUGUCUCGGUUGAACAAACAAAGAAGCUGCUUGUAAGAUUAAUACAAUUAAGUAAAAUCUAGUCGCUGAUUUGCUUUCAUUAAUUAUAUUAGUCAUGCAUUGACAAUCAUCCAGCAUGACUCAAAAGCCACGCUUUAUUUUCUCAUUCAGAAUGUUAAAUGCAUUUUCAUUAAUUUAUUAAAGACCUACAAGGGCUUUGGGUUUAUUGACAGGUAAAACAUUUUUUGCGCUCCUCAUUGUCUAUUGUAGCAAAUCUAAUGGUCGACUACCUCAUCUGGAAAAUCUUUAUCAGUCUACUGUUCUCAUAGCUGUUUUAAUGUAGCAAAUUCUCAUUUUCAACAGUUUAUUGUAAAAUUCUUUGAGUAAAGGCGAAUAGUUUACAGGAAGAGCUGUCAUAAAGUUAUAUAAGACGGUAGAAUAUCUGUCAAAAUUCAACCGUAUGUACAUAUUACGAUGUAUCCUUGUAGUUAAUUGCCCCCUGAUAUAUUUAAUUUCUUUGCCUCAAUACUUUUUUCUUUUUGGGGACGGGAUAUUGUGCGUGCACUUGUGACACAAGCAUUUUUGAUGAUCUCCUACUUCAGAGAAACGUUUUUUUGCUCCCAAAGUGGGGGAAGAGUUUACGUCCCCUUACAUAAGUACUCAAACUGAUAUGUGGAGUUAUUUUGUUAAUGCAGUAUUUAUUAAUGAAUAUUUAUUAAUUAAUGAUUUCACCAUCACUUAAGUAACCAUGAAUGUAAAUGCUUUAAUCAAACAAAAAGUUAUUCACAUAAGUGUUUAUAGACAUAAGUAGAUAAUACUUAAAAGGUAUAUUUAACAGGUCUUGCAUAAGAGAUGUGGAGGGAUAACAUUUAAGAUUGUCCCACUUUAUUCUGAAGUUGGGAAACUUUUGCUUGGUAAAUAAAAUGUAUGAGGACAAAAGUCUACAGUGACUAUAAUGACUAAAGAGUAUCUCUGUAUUUAAAAAAGAUGUACAGAUUUUAUGUUUGAUUUAACAUUAACUAUGUAUAUAGGAAUGACACUGGGUAUGUUUUGCAUGAUUGGACUAAAUCAUAUGUGUCAGUGGGAAGUUAGUUGUAUAUGGUGAAGUUUAUCUUUGAGGGUGUUUUAUUGGAAAUACUGGAGUGUUGGUGUGUUUACUGUCAAGUCAACAAUGUAUCAAGUAGAUAAACUGUGAACGUGAAAUAUUCCGAAACCAGUUCAUUAUCUGGUUAAUGGUUCACUGGAGAUGUAUGGUAAAAUUAUAGUUGUUCGUGAUUGCCAGAUUAUUUAUAUCCCUAAUGUGCUAUGAACAUUGUGGAUGAGUUAACCAUCCAUGUGUGUGUGCUUAUGAAAUAUUGUGGAAAUGAGUUUGGUUUGCUUCUGCUUGUUAGAUUGGUUAUUUUAUUCAUUUGGAAGAAAAAGGCAUGUACGUUGUGUCCGCUCCUUACUGCAAUGCUAAGUAAAACCGAGAGAGAAACCCUCAGGGAUGAAACACUUACCACACGUUAUUCAGGUACUCCACUUUACUCUGUAGAAACUUGCAAGCAGGAUGGAAAUGAAUUUAGCAAAAAAAUAUUGGUCAGGUUCCAGUUCCAGCAAAUGUUAUUUUUUUAAUCUCUAAAAUUAAUUUUUUAAUCUCUAAAAGUUACAUUUGAGAUAUUUUGGCAUGCUGUACAAAUCAUUUUGUGUUUGGAGCCAAAUAAUCCUUAGUACAUCUUUCCCCGUUUUAUUAUUUUUCACACGUUGUUACACGAUGAAUGUCAAUAUAACCUCCUGCAACCGACCUGCAGGUACGAUGUUGACCAAUGGGUAUUCAAUUGGCACGCUUCUUCCCAGUUCAGUGCCUCAAACAGCACAUUCAAUAAUAAUAAUAAUAACAAAGACUUAAAGUAACUUCCCCAAACUGCAUUUCUGAAGAUUUCAACAAAAAAAGUCCUAAGACUCUCCUCACACACAUUCACGCCUUCCACUUCAAAGGUUGUAUUGUUAACUUUACUAUUUAAAGCUGAACUAUGUCAUUUCUUUUUAUAAAAUCAAGAUUCUCUUUGCUUGUCCAUGCAUCUAGUGGAGUAUACUAACACAACACAGGCACAUUUUCCUGUCUGUUUGACAAUUCAACAAAGUAAUAAUACAAUUCCAAAUUUCACUUUGCCACUUUGCUGUAUAGCUGGAAACAAGCUAGCUAUGUAGCCUCUACUCAGUGCUUAACACUAGAUAUCCCACUAUCUUCGCGAUAGCUCAAGGGGGACAUGUGACGCGUGAAAGAUUUCAGCUUUACAUUGUCAAAGAAAAAAUAUGAGUGUUUUUAAGCAUUGCAAAAUUUAUAGGUGUAUAGAAAUAGUUUGUAAUUAUUGUUUUAAACUGACGAUGCUCAACAGAGCAUUUUCUCACUACAUGUUCAUCUUGCGGUUGCCAGCACCUCUCGCUCAGCAACACACGACGUGGGCAAUGCUAUUGCUCUUUCAUUACUCAGCAUAGCCUUGUGACAUGUCACCUCAGGAAUCCAGCUUUGGUUUCAUUUAUCUGUUUUAUUUUCUUGUUAAAAGACCUUUGUGUCUUUGGAAGGACUUGUUUUUUGUUUUUUUUACAAAGAAAAUAAACGUUUCAGAGUUAUAAAUAUAUUUUUGGCAUAAUGUGAUGAUAUAAAUGCUCCAAAGGUCUCUGAUGAUUUUGUAAUAGACCUACCUCACUGAAAAAACGUUAGCCAGAAAUAUAGAAACAUGCUACCCCCCCCAGUUGACUGAUUACGUUAGAUUUGCAUUGACACAAACAAAACCUCACAGGUCUUAGAAUAACCAACUUUGCAUAUGUUCAGUCACGCUUGAUUUUUCUUUUACUAGUUAAUUUAUCUUAAGUUGUUGAGCACUUGUAUCUAAAUGUCACCCUUUGCACUAGUUAUUUAAUACAUGAAAAAUUGACAAAAAACUAUGUACUCUAUAUUUCCCCCCUAAUGUAUUUGCUCUUUCAAGUGAUAAACAUGUGUUUGAUCUGUUUUAAUCAAAGUGGGCCACCGUUACUAAAUGUCUUGUGCAUGUGUAAGGUUUUCUUGAUGUAUACCGUAACAAAAGGCACCACUGUGCAAAGAAGAAAAAUGUACUAGCUGUAACAAUGUAAUUGGUCAAGUUCACUGGAUGAAAGAUUCACUUUUAAAAUCACCUAUUCUUCUAAUAAAUAUGCAAUGAUAAA